CAGCAGUGUGGCUGCUACCGUCGAGAAAUAUUUGGAGCGGAGGAAACAGCGGCCGCCGUCAAGAGACGUUAUCGCAGGAACCGGUGACGGGGUGUACUGGUAAAUACACAGAGGCAGCACAGAGACUUAAUUUGGCCAACAGAUCCAAACAAGAGUUGAAAUGCUACAGCAAAGCUUUACAUGAGCUGUUCAAAGCAAUUACCUACCAUCCUGAUCAGCUUGGCAGUGAUCGUAGUCUGCAUGGCAGUGAUGAGGACUCUAUAGCUGCCCCUCUUCAGGACUCUCAGGGGCUGUUUACAGAAACAGAUGUGACUUUGCCCUCCUGUCUUGAUCGUAGCCCUGGUUCCCCGGAAAAUGAGACAGAUGGGCAGAGAGCUUGCGCGCUACCUGACCGGCGUGGUUCCUCUUCCUUAGUACUAGCAAAUGUGUACCAAGAGAUGAUGACAAUCUACGAACAACUAAAGGAGGAGCGACAAAGCCAGCAGCAGUGGGAAAAGGAGCUACAGGAGCGGGAGAGGCGGCUGAAGCAGCAGGAGCAGGCCUUUGGGAGGCUGGCUGGGCUGGAAGAGAUGUUACACAUUCAGAUACAAGCUGUAGAGGAGAAACACCAGCAAGAAGUGAGCCAGCUGCAGGCUCUUCUUCGUGAGAGGAACAAGGAGAACAGGAGGCUCAAGUCCAGCUUCAACACAAUCAAGGAUCUGAAUGACAACAUGAAGAAGCAGAUGAACGAGAUCAUUGAACAGAAUAAGAAGUUGGAGAGCCAGUCCAAGAGGGUGCAGUCUCGACUUGAGAACCUACAGAGGAAAUAUGAAUACAGCAUAGCAUCGAGAGGCUGUGUUAAGAAUACCGAGCGUAUUAAACCCUCCAAAAAAGAGAAAACCCCUGCCUCUGGAAACCCCAGCAGCAAGGUCAGCUCCAGUCCCACCCCACCAAAGCUCCUGGCCCUUCUCCUGAACUGGGUACUUGAUGGACCAACAUUUUCAUCAUUAGCAGCAAAUGAAGGAAAGGUUUUUACCCAGUGCUUGCCUCAAGAGGUCUUACUCAACGAGAGAUGCCUUAAGGUGCUGCCAUUAUUAGCAGAUCAGCUUCAUCACACUGCUUUGUCAGGACCUGACCUCCUCCUCAAUCUUCUUCGCCUUGUCCACUGUGCUUUGAGACACCUGGAUAGCAGUACACAGCAUGUAGCACUAUCUGCCACUCUGCGACGGAUAGGAGAGGAAGUAUCAAAGCCUCCGGUCCAGUUAACGGUGCCUCAGUGUGAAGAUCUCGACCUGCCCAAGUCCUGCAGCGGGGCUGCUGGCGGAGGCUGCAGGAGCUUCCCCAUUUAUCGCAGCCCCUGUCCUCACACACGCAUCGUCGCCACCCUCAUCAUCAUCCGCACUGUCACACAAGCUGAUGUCCUGGCCCAGGCUCUGGACAGUCUCCACACCGACCUGAUGACAGAGGAGAGCCGAGGCCUAUUCGUCCACUAUGGAGGAGUGUCGGGGCUGCUGUCGAUGCUUCGUGCUGGCCGUGGAAGCCUGAACACAUCUGUAGACAUCCUGAUGCAGCUAACUGCACAGUCACGCUACUUAAAUCCCUUCCUGGAGACAUGUAGCUGUGAGGAGUUUUUCCGAACAGCCUCCCAGCUUCUUAAAAACCCUCGCCUGGAGCUCCCAUCACUGGAGAAGCUUUCCAUCCUUCUCCAGAAGCUCUCCAGCAUCAGGAAGAACCGUCGUCUGUUUGAACUGUCGUCCCUCCACCUCCAGAUACAAGAACUUAAUCACAAAACCAACCAAACAAACACCUUCCUCGGCCUCAACCUCAGGUCCAUUCUGCACAACCUUAAAUAACACACACUCACAGUCACUCGUGUUUCUUGGCCAAAUGCUGGAUUCAGGGUCGCUUUAUAAAAUUCCCAGUUCGGAUAAAAAGGACUUGCCUUGUAUUUCAGUACUUCAGCACCUUGCUGGGUCUUUCAUGUGUGCUCGAACUGUAAUUACCACAUUUCUAACUGAACAGUACUUCAAGGCUCCGUCCUGCUCUACUUUGAAUAAUAUAUGCAGACACACGUUCUUUUUUUUUUCUUUUUAGCUUUAUGUUCUUGAAGUUUUUUUGUCUGUCAGAUGUACUUUUGUGUAUGUUUUGCACUUUUUGACCCGUCUGUUUUUAUGUUCCCCAAUGUUAAUCUGAUGUCUUGUCUUCUGUUAUUUCUGUGAUGAACCCCCCUUUUGUUUUUUUUUUUAAAUAAGUGUCAUGCUUGCCAAGUGGCCUUAAUGGGUGUCUGAUGUGCUCAGAGGAAGAGGGGCUGUGACUGUGAAGGUUUUUAAUGACAAUAAACAAAAAGAACUGAAGGACAUUAAAUUUGGAGUGCAUAUGAAA